AUGGCACGUCCGCACAGUCUCUGGUGUUUAAAAUCACUGAAGGGCAUCACAACAGUACUUGAAACAGGGAUUGGGGCUCCAGAUCCCGAAGAACUGGCCAGAAUGUCUGCCAAAAAUAAUGAAUCUAAACAAAUUACACCAGAUAAAGAGCAAACGACUCAAGAAGCAAAGGGAGAAAGUGCAAAUGAUGGGGCCUUUCCGUUUGGAAGCUUAUUUUCUGGGGUUACUAAAUUUGUUGAAAGUACAAGUACUAAAGUGAUAGCAGGAGGACUGGACACUUUAGAAACUAUAGGCAAGAAAACUAUGGAAGUUUUACAAGAUGGCGAUCCCGGCUUAGCCAAAAAGAGAGCCAUGUUAGGUCUGGAUGCUGGAGAUAAACCUGUCUUAUCCCAAGUUUUGAGAGAGGCAAAAGCAAAGGCAGAUGAGGAAGAUAUGAUUAGAGAGGCCAAGAAAGAAGCCAAAGAAGUUCAUUAUGAAACACUGUUUGAUGAUUUUGAAGGUUUGGUCCAUUUGGAGGCCUUGGAAAUGUUGUCAAAACAAGUGAGUAUGAGAAUAGAAGAGCGCCUACGCUCGGCUGAUCCUGACAAGCGACAAGAUAUAAAGGAGACGUUGCAACAAGUUGCAGAGCUAUGUGAAAUGCCAGAUGAUGAAGAUGAAGAGAAUGAUGAGGAGUUACCAGAAGAUAUGUCCAAACCUGAUGCUCUACUGGAGAGGUUGCAGCGAGCUACACGGGAUAUCGGACUGAAACUACAAUUCCAGACUUUGAUAAAACAGUACACAGAUAUAGUAACAUGGUUGGACACAGAAGAAAAUGUAACAGAUAAAGCUAUAUAUAAAAAGGCAGUGAGCAGUUUGGCUCAAACCACGGCUCUGUCGGUGGAGCUUUACCACAAAACGGGGGAAAUGCUUCUAGUAAAGAAUAGAAGAUCUACAGCAGAUGAAGCAGACGCACUAACUCAGAUGACAGUAGUGUUGACGAGGCACAUAAGCGAGCUCGCCACGCAGUUCUCAGAGAAGUUGCGCGCGAAGCCUUCCGAUAAUGAAGAGCAGAUAAAUAACUAUGUUACUAAUGUGUUUUUGGAGGCCGAAAACAGUUCAAAGUAUAUAGAAAAUGCAUUCCAGCUGGCUUUGCCGAUAGUUCAAAUAGGUGCGGUU